AUGCCACCGUCCGCGGGCUCCACCGCCUCUCUCGACGACGCCUCGGUCCCGUCAGAACCGCUCCUGGACGACGACGGGCUUUCGACUGAGACACCAUGGUGGUAUGAAAGAGGGAUUCAGAGUCCUUUGUGUUAUUUGAGAUGGAUACCGUUACGCCGCCGGUUCGCUCAGCUUGCGCUUUGGCUUCGAAGUGGAGACGAAAAGGGAGACCUUGAGCAGAGCGGAUUUAACGACCGUCGUCGCUUGACUUUGAGUACGACGCUUUGUUUCUGUCGAAGAUCGAGAAGAGUGCGUUUACUACUCUUCAUUAUCUUGGGUGGUCUGACCAUGCUGGGCCUUGUCCAGCUGAUUUCACUUCUUUCUGGAGUUUUCGUAUCAUUCUUCCCGAGCUACAUAGAUAGGAAUGUUGACCUUUGGGGAAAAACUGGCGACCCGAGCGAGUACCUUGCACACUGGCCGACAGAUCAGACUGCCGAUAUUAGACCUGUGGCUUGUCAUUCCCAUAAUGAUUACUGGCGACAAGUGCCCCUCUACUCUUCUAUUAAAGCUGGCUGCAUUAGUGUAGAGGCAGAUGUAUGGCUGUUCGAUAACGACCUUUAUGUCGGGCAUACGAAGUCUUCGCUCGCCAUUAAUCGGACGUUGACGAGUCUCUACCUUGACCCGCUUCUUACUUUGCUUGCAAAGCAGAAUCCUGUCACUCGAUUUCAACCUGGCUAUGAUGGACCUCCACAUGGAAUAUUUGACACCAAGCCGUUCCAAACACUUGUCCUUCUGGUAGAUUUCAAGACCAAUGGGCACGACAUUUGGCCAUAUCUAACUUCUCAGCUAUCUCCUUUUCGAGAAAAGGGGUAUCUUACUUACUUUAACGGGACAACUGUUAUCGAAAGGCCGAUAACCGUCGUUGCAACCGGUAAUGCACCCUUUGACCUCGUUGUGGCCAAUUCGACACACCGAGAUAUCUUCUUCGAUGCGCCCUUGGCAGAGCUAGCAGCUUCUGAUUCAAGCGUCACUCAUGCAUCAAUUCCUUACGACUUCAGAAAUAGCUAUUAUGCUUCAGUCUCCUUUCACAAGUCUAUUGGCUUCCCUUGGAGAUUCCAAUUAUCCGAAAAGCAACUAUAUAUUUUGAGAGCCCAAAUCAAAGGUGCGCACGAUAGAGGACUCAAAGUACGAUAUUGGGACAGCCCUGCCUGGCCCUAUAGCUUGCGAAACCAGAUUUGGACGGAACUGGUUCGUGAAGGUGUAGAUAUCUUGAAUGUUGACGAUUUAAAGAGCGCAACCGGGAAAGACUGGACUAGGAUUUGA